CACUAUUCCAUAACAUAGCCAACACCUGCACACCAUCCCUUGCUUAAAUUUAAUAUUUGCAGAACCCCUCAAUGCCUCUGCCUUUUUUACACCCUAACACAUUCCACAAAAUGGAAAAUCACGUCUUACUAUCACUGCUGCAACGUCCCACCAAUCCAGACAAGAAACCAAAAUCAGGUGGCACCGGCGGUGGCGCUGGAGGCCUCUUUCGCAUGUUCAAGCUUCUGCCUAUGUUAACCACGGGUUGCAAAAUGGUAGCACUGUUGGGCAGGCCACGGAAACAUUUGCUGACAGACAAUGCUACGACAGUAACUUUGUUUGGGUACCGUAGAGGGAGAGUGAGCCUAGCUAUUCAAGAAGAUCCUCAUCGUUUACCUAUUUUUGUGAUUGAGCUACCAAUGCUCACAACUGCAUUUCAUAAAGAAAUGGGGUCGGAUGUUGUCAGGUUUGCUCUAGAAAGCGAUACGAAAACUCGCAAAAAGAAGGUUUUGGAGGAGUUUGUGUGGGCUGUAUUCUGCAAUGGAAGGAAAAUUGGUUAUUCCAUCAGGAGAAAGAAUAUGAGUGAUGAUGAGAUUCAUGUUAUGCAGCUCCUCAGGGGAGUUUCAAUGGGUGCUGGUGUUCUUCCAAGCCCACAUGAGAAAGAAACUGGUGAUGGAGAAUUAACUUACAUUAGAGCAAGAUUUGAGAGGACGGUCGGUUCAAAAGAUUCGGAAUCAUUGUACAUGAUAAAUCCAGAUGGCGCUUCGGGGCAAGAAUUGAGCUUUUUCUUUGUGAGAUUGCGGUAGAGUAAUUAAUAUAUGGAUGCCAUAGUACGCUUCCGAGCGUGCAUGUAUGUAACUAAUAAUAAUAUACAGAAAAAUCGCACCUUUAUUUCAAGAAAAGUAUAACUUUCUAGCCUCUACUCUCUAGUGGAGUUUGUCAGUGCAGAGUAUUCAAGUUCAAGGGCUAUAUUGAUUAGUCCUGUGAACGAUCAUUCAAGACUUGUGGUAUUGGUUAGCUAAAAUACAUAUCAAGAUUUACUAUUUUAUCAGUUUGACA